UAAGCUCCAGCGACCCUGAAAAGAAUAUACGGAAGUGAAUGGAUGGAUGGUUGAAUGAAUUCAGCAGUCAUGUAUUGUGACCUCCUUUCUAUAGAUCAAAUGGGGAGGUGCGUUUCAGGAUGGAGCUGGUUCAACAGUUGGAGAAGAGGGGGAACAAGUAAACAGUUUCCUGUCUAGGGCGGCCAUCACAACGAAGUACAUGUCUAAAGCAGGGCGAACAGACAUGCUGACCCUCCUGGCUUUGGGGUGGAACAAAAGGAAAGUGGAACAACUGGGCCGCACUUUGAGCCAUAGAUAUCGAAAGAUCAUAAGGAUCCUUAGAGAACAAGUGGAGAGCCUGAAUGUGACCAAAAAUGAGCUGGGUGUGGAUGACGACACACUGCAGCAGUGGGUGGCCGAUGUGCAGAAAUGGGCUGAAGAAACUGAUCAAACUGAUGGCAGCCUUAGAGCGUUGCAGGCACGAAUAGAGGAGCUUGUCGUCAUCAUCAGAGUGCGAACACAAAGUCUUUACAGACAAAAUGAUUGCAACAAGAGGCGACACAGAAUUCGCAAGGUCAUCUUAGAUGAGAAGAAACGCUUGGCGGCUGCUGUUGACGACUACAACAAGCUUGCUGAACCAACAAAGCAAAUCGUAUCCAGUGAUGCCCUCAAGCAGACCGACAUUUGGCCCUGGCAGAGCACAAGUGAACCUGCUGCAGACCUCCAGACAAAGAGAAAGGUCUUUGAGAAGGUGAUGGCUGUGAGGCGCCUGAGAGAGGAGAUGAUCCUUUGCAGGGAGAUGCGGCAUCACUGGAUAGUGUUGCGAAUGCGAUCUGUGGUGUUGGGGACAAUCUCCUCAGACUCCUCCCUUGUUGGCAUGUCAGAGGAUGCACAGAAGGGACUCUGUAGCCUGGUUUUAAAAAAACAAAGUGAACUGAAAGUUGAAAUGCUCAAAGUAAAGUACAAGAGAAUCCUCAGCCACCAACCACUCCUGGAAAUGGACUCGGAGGAGGAAGACAUUCCAGACGAUGCCACUGAGAGUGAUUUGAGCACUUCUGUGGAAGACUGAU